AUGGCAGCAAAGAGCUACUAUUAUUUGGCAACCCAACCAACAUCAUUUCCAAAUUCACCAGCACCGCUAAUUCAUGAGACCAGAAUUGCUAAUAAUAAUCGAAGGCAUGAUAAACAUAUAUGGGGAGCACUAAUUAUUGGGAUUGUAACAAUAUCAGUUGUUACUUCACUCUGUUUGUUUUUCAGGAGAAGACUCUUUCCAAUUUUUUGGCAAAGAUACUGGUUACAUAAAGGAAGUUUGAAAGCUGGGACAUUAUCAUUGAGGCGAUUUCAGUUGGAGGAGUUAGAGAGGGCUACGAAGAACUUUAGUGAUGAUAGCUUGUUGGGGUCUGGUGCAUUUGCGAAUGUCUACAAAGGGACUUUUGAAUUGGAGGGUACUGCUCUAGCGAUCAAGAGAGACCAUGCUGAAUCAUACCAGAGCACCGAAGAAUUUAGAAAUGGACCAAAAAGAACACAAAUGUUGGUUUAUGAGUAUGUACCAAAUGGUUCUUUGCUUGAUUACAUUACCGGAAAAGGAGGGAGAAGCUUAACUUGGAGGCAAAGAGUAAACAUAGCCAUUGGAGCAGCUAAGGGCAUAGCUCAUUUGCAUGAUGGGAUCAAGCCUAGCAUAAUCCACCGUGAUAUAAAACCAAGUAACAUUCUAGUAGGAGAUGGUUUUGAAGCAAAAGUUUCAGAUUUUGGGCUAGUGAAGAUGGGACCUAUUGGGGAUCAAUCUUAUGUCAGUAGCCAGAUCAAAGGAACUCCGGGAUACCUUGAUCCUGCCUAUUGUUCAAGCUGUCAUUUAAGUCCUUUUAGUGAUGUAUACAGCUUUGGAGUCAUACUCUUGCAGCUUGUCACUGCCCGGCCUGCAGUUGAUUUAACAAGAAAUCCAUCAAACUACAAUAUAAUUGAAUGGGCAAGGCCUAGCUUAGAAAGUGGCAGGGUUGAAGAAAUUUUAGAUGCUAAUCUUCUAACAGAUUCCUGCGACAUGGAAAUGAUGCUAAAGAUGGGAGAACUUGGUCUGAGAUGUGUAGUGAAAAAUCCUAAAGACCGGCCUACGAUGACCCGGGUGUGGCAAGAGCUAGAAGAGGCCUUAUAUUUAGCUGAUAACUUCGUCGACAAAGAACCUUCAAAGGAUUAUUGGAGAUCAUCAAGCAGUUCUCGUAGAUCAAUGGAUCGUGGACCUCGAAGAUCAUAUGAAAAUUCCCAGAGUUUUGUCAGCAUAGAUGGUGUUGGAUUUCAAAGGUUUCACGUUGAGAUGGAUAGCAUCUUUUUUCACAGCACAAGCAUGAAGUGUUUAGAGGCUGCUAGUGUCAACAUUGACAUCGAUAAGAACAAUUUGAGAGGAAUAAGUGAAGAGACAAGCAAAGAAGAGAUCAGUUGAACAUGUAAUUGGUCGUGCUUGAGCUUUAGCAACGCAACUUUCUGUUCAUGCAAGUGAUACCUCCUUCACUGGAAGGGUUGGGGAGCGGUUUUGGCACAUUGUUGAUAGCCCUUCUUAUAUAUUUGUCCUGAGAUAUUUAAUUUGUUCUGUUCAUCAAAAUUAGGCAGAGAAGUUUGUAGUCUGCUCAAUCUCUUUGACUUUAUCUGGUACUGGAAUUUCCUUUUA